AUGUCCACUAGCAAUAUAAUCAUAGCAUUAUUAGCAUUUUUCCUAUUUCUUCAACAAUCCAGAAUUGAGGCCCGCAAUAUAAAAUUCCGCAGUUGUAGCAGUAAUUACAAUCCCAAAUACUUUAGCAACUUCAGCAUAUACACGCUUAACGAUAGCCUUUACAGCGAGGUGGAUCUUAUAAGACCUUUGGUAACGGGUCUCAAAGCUAAUGUAGACUUUCAAAUACGUCUGGAGAACUCAAAGAUAUAUCAAACUUUAUUUAGUUAUAAUAUUGAUGUUUGCACUAUUGUCAUUUCUUACAAGGAUACGUUGUUUAAACGUUGGUUCAAAAGUUUACUGAAACAUAGUAAUUUCAUGCAAAAUUGUCCCAUUCAUGAGGGUCACUAUUAUCUGAAUGCUUGGCGCAUGGAAUCCUCUUUGAUACCCACAUAUUUAUAUCCGGGCGAUUAUCGUUUUAAGUGUUAUGCUUAUAUGGGUAAGUUGAAGAAUAAGGAUAAUUUUAUUUUGGAAUUAACCACAGAUGCGGUGAUUGGGGAGAAUUAAAGGAAGGUGGAAAUGAAGCUUUUCUGUCACGAACCAAUUUGCGAUAGUAAAAGUUCUACUUAAG